UUGUGUUGUGGUGCGUUGUAAACACAGGAAAACAGCCGGGUCGGGCAUUUCUUUCUAUCGGUUUCCUACGGACGAAGAGCGUCGGCAAAAAUGGAUCAAUGCAAUAAAACGUGAACCGGGUUGGAUGCCGAAUGACGGGAGCCGUCUCUGUAGUGCACAUUUCAUUUCUGGAAAACAGAGCAGAAAUCCUCUGUCACCGGAUUAUGUUCCCUCAGUUUUUCCAGACACGACAUCUCCUGACAAGAAACGGAAGAGGACUGCUCUGGAACGGUUUGAAAAGCGUGAGGCACUAAAACUUCGCAGGAGAGAGAAUGCCGCUAAAGAAACAGCUGCACAGGCUCUAAUGACUUUGCAAACUGAAGCCUUAGAAAAGGUUCAAAUGGAACAAGAUUUGCAAGAGGAAGCAGCAGAGACUUUACUGAGUCUGCAAGUGCAUCAGCCAUCUAUGUCAUGUCAAUCUGCACAGCAAGCUUCAACUUCAACUUCUUCCCCUUCAGAUACAGUAAGUGCAGCCUCCAUUGAGUUAGAGUGUAGGAGACUGUUGGAGGAAAAUCAUCAUCUCAAAGAAACUGUAGAACAUUUGUCACUGUCAGAAAACAGCUUCAAAGAUGAUGACAAGGUCAAAUUCUGCACAGGUCUUCCAUCAUUAACACUACUUCAAACUGUUCUUCAGGAGAUUUCACCAUUUCUGAACACUCAUCCUAAAGCAGUUCUUUCAAAGUUCCAGCAGCUACUAAUGACACUUAUGUACCUUCGUCUUAACCUCUGUAAUCAAGAUUUAGCCUAUAGAUUUAAUGUGAACUGCUCAACUGUUUCAAGAACAGUUAAUAGUGUGAUUGAUGUGCUUUAUGCAAGGUUGGUUCCCAUGGCUGUGUUUUGGCCUGAAAGAGAAGAAUUAAGGAAAACCCUUCCAAUUGUGUUCAGAUCUGUAUAUCCAAAGUGUACAGUGAUCAUUGACUGCUUUGAAGUCACAAUGGAACGAUCAAGUGACCAAAGGGCUAAGUCGCAAACAUACUCCAGUUACAAGGCCAGGAAUACCUUGAAAUAUUUGAUUGGUGUUGCACCUCAAGGAGCAAUCAUUUUCAUUUCAAAGGGAUGGGGGGGUCGAGCAAGUGACAAACACAUAACUGAAAAUUGUGGUAUCUUGUACAAAUUGCAACCAGGCGAUGAAGUGCUGGCAGACCGAGGUUUCAACAUUCAUGAUUCAGUAGGUGUAUAUGGUGCGACCCUAAAAAUACCUGCCUUUACUAAGGGCAAGAGCCAACUAAGUAAGGAAGAAGCCGAGACCACAAGAAAACUUGCUUCAGUACGAAUACAUGUUGAGAGAGUAAUAGGUUUGGUCAGGCAGAAGUACGAAGUAUUGAAUGGUCCUGUAGAGAUCUGUAAGCUAAUGAGGAAAGAUGAAAACAUGACAACAUUUGAUAAGGUUGUGCAUGUAGCCUGUGCCUUGACUAACCUAUGUACUUCCAUUGUGCCAUUUGAUUAAAUGAGGAUGUUGCCAAAUUGUUGAUCACACUUCUGCACAGGCUGGAUGUUGAAGAAAAUCGUCAACGUUCAUAACAGAAAUAAUUUGUUCACAACUAAAAAAAUGCUGUCCAAGAUUGGAAACACAACUUGUGUGCUUCAUAAUCAUUCAAAGUGCAUGUUCACAAUUGGAACUUGUACGUGCAUAAUUUUUAGGGGAAAUUACAAGCAUAAUUAGACGAAAUAAAA